AUCGUAAAACAUUUAUUGGAUGGUUAAAGAAUACUAUUCUAGCUAUUGAUCAUGGUGUGUCGAAAGAGUUAGAAUACAUAUCGUUUGGACCAGAUACUCAAGUAGUAAAGCAUCAUGCUUACAUUGUGGGGGGGAAAAGAUUUCAUACAAAGGAAAGAGAUGAUGCUCGAACGGUUCAAAAUAGUGGAGUAAGUAUUGUUGCAGAAGCAAUGCAUUUUGCAUCAACAAAGGACAGAAACCCGGUGCAAUCCACUAUGACAUAUUACGGGGUUGUUGAUGAAAUUUGGGAGCUUGAUUAUGGAUUGCUUCGAAUUCCACUUCUUAAAUGCUCUUGGGUGGAGAAUAAAGGCGGAGUUAGAACAGACGAACUUGGUUUCACUUUGGUUGAUUUAAGCAAAAGAGGUAGCAAGAACGAUCCUUUUAUCAUGGCUACCCAAGCGAAACAAGUAUUUUACAUAACUGAUCCCAUUGAUUCUAAAUGGUCAGUUGUUUUACGGACACCAGAGCGACAACAUUUAGAUAACGAAAAUGAAGAAGAAAAUGUUGAUUUAUGUCAUGAUAGUUUUGUUGAUCAUCAACGGAUACACGAACAAGUCGAUGAACUCAAUGAUACAUAUGAAGAUGAUGAUGAUGAAUACAUUAGAAGCGAUGUUAGUGAAGGGAUAUGGGUUGAUUGUGCAUCAUCUAAAAAGAAAAGAAAACGUGUUAAAUGAGUAGAUGACAAAGCAAAAGGAUGCAAAUAAGCCAAAAGGACGAGGCAGGACAAAAAAGAAUGACAUCAACAAUCUGAAAGCUCAAGGACGCAAGACAAAACUAGAGUGGAAUGAGAAAGGAGAACCUAUAGGAACAGCAUAUGCAGAUAUGCAAUCAUGGAUUGGGGUUAAAGCAAGAUCUACAGUCCCUCUAACUUAUGAUGAUUGGAGACAUGUAGAUUCGAAACUCAAGGAGAAAAUAUGGAAAGACACAUACGAUGCUUUCGAGCUUCCAGAAACGUAUAAGCCUAAACUACUAUCAGAUGCGGGGAAAAUGAUGAAAAGUUUCAAGAAGCUCCUGACCCGGACGAUUAUCCUCCCGAUUGCUAAAAGUGGUAGGAUAGAAGAACUUCGUGCUACUCCAGAGAAGUAUCCAGAACUUAACAAUAAAGACUGGAAUGAAUUUGUUCUAACUCGUCUUACCCCUGAAUUUCUGGCUUUGAGUGAAGCGCAAGUCGCCAGAGCCAGGAUGAAUCUAUCUCAUCAUCGUUCAUCUCGUAGAGGCAUGCCCAACGUCGAACAAGAUUUGGUAAGUAGCUUGUAUCACUUCUUUUACAAUGUUAAAUUUUAAUCACGCCAAUAGAAUUUAAUCUAGAAUUUAAUCCGAAGAUGUCAUACAAGUGGCCACCCAAGAUGAACUUACGGGUUCAGCUAUGCUAUUUGGACUAAGAUGCAUUUGGGAAAAUUUAAAUCAAAGACAAAAAGAGUUAUACAAGUUUUAUGAUGUCGAGCUUCUUAGUUAUAACAAUGAGCAGGACAAGGUGAUAGCCAUCAAUCAAUUAUCAAUUUGGUUAAACACUAUGACUCAUGUAGGACAAUACUAUUUUAUACCAUGGAACAUAGGCAAGCAUUGGAUGUUGAUUAUAGCAAUGACAUCGGGAAGAGUUGUAUUCUUAAACCCGCUUAAAUCUAAAAUCCCGUCAGACAUUGCUCAGAUGAUAAAGGCUUCAAAUGCUAUUGUAUUUGGCAAAAAUGGACCGGAGAUAUGGACCUUUGCUUGUCCAAAGCAACCAUACAAUUACGAAUGUGGUUACUAUGUACUAACUUACAUUCGUGAUAUGCUUCAACAUUCAAAUCCCAUUGAAGCCAUAAAAGCAAAAUUUGGCGGCCUAUCCCAAUAUUCUGAGGACGAUCAUCUCUUACCGCUUCGACAACAAUGGUUAAGUCAAUUGCUUCCCUUGAUAUAUAAAAAUUAACUAGUAGUCUUUUAUUGUAUUUUUUUAGACAAUGUGUAGUAUUUAAUUUAGAGAUUUAUGCAUAAUAUGUAAAGUGUUAUUUAGAAUUGAACUUACAAAUUAUUAUUGUUGUUAUUAAAAAUGAUAUUAAUCAUUUAUUUUAAAUUAAGUUUUUUUUAUA